AUGGCUGGUAUCGCGUCCAUAUAUCGCGGGUGGCUUGGCUCCGAUGGCGCUCGCUUCCCUGGUCAAGAUAUCACAGACCUCCACUUGACUAACUAUGGACCUGCUGGACCAGUCAUAAACCUCAGACAGCACAACUUGUGUCUCGCGGCAGGCGUUGCUUUUGCUUACCCUGAGAGGGCUGCCGCUGCAGGUGCUCCAUGGGUUUAUGACUUUGCGCUUGUUCCACGGAUGAGGUUUGUGGAUCAUGGCUUGUCCCCUCCUUUUGUUCCUGUCCUUGGGCCUAGAGUGCCAGUCCCUGUUUCAUUUGCCAUCGCAAAUGGAGGUGUACACGUCCUUGGCCACAGGAUAAGGUGGUUCCAUCAUGUCCGAGAGACUUAUGAUCUCGGCCUAAUCCAUUACUACAAACACUCCAAGCACCGUGGGCAUGGCCCAGAUCAGACACCCACGAUGAUUGUUGGUGCAGGGGCGAAGCAUAAAGUAUGUUCUGCCAUUGUAUACGGUGCACAGGUGCAGCAGUAUUGGCGUUCGCAGUAA